AUGACCUCGGGCGAAAGCAACUGGAGAGGGAAUCGGACAUCGGACCCUGACAGUCAGCAUGGCUCGCUCAGCUCAUCCGGCGAUGUCAAUCGUGGAUCGGCAUCCGCAGUACCCAAACGAACGCGUCAGCUCCAAGUGGAUGCCGGCUAUGGAUCUCAAGGAGCCUAUCUACCUCCAGCCCUGCGAGAGGGAGCGGCAGGAAGUGUGCAAGAAGGCGCGCAGCCGCCGGAUGACCUUGGGACCAGUUUAAACGCUCGUGGUAGAGCAAGAGCCGGUACUCUGCCAUCAUCUUGGGGAUCUGCUGACGCGAAGGAGGCGCCCUCCAAUGGUGCUGGCACUCGGUUCGCAUCCCCACUUGCUCAUCGGAUGAGCAGCCUACGUCCUUCCACCGGUGCAGCUAGCAAGGGAGCAGGCGACGCAGGUGCAUCUGCUACACAGGUUAUCCCUCGCCUCAGUGCAGGGCCUCUAGGGGCGAAUCAUGGCAACGCUGGGGGUCGACUUGCCACCUUGCGGAAUAGUGCGUUCGAAGAUGCCGAGAACUCGAAUCGUCUUCGCUCAGGUAGCAUGACGAAUGCCAUGUCUGCCCUCGGCAGCAAUCCAUUCGGGCCCAGCCUCUUCUCGAGCACGUGGUUGCAAUCGAAUACCUCCGCGCCCCCCUCUCGGAGGAGUCCGAUGCUCGGCGAAAAGCCACGAGGGAAUACUGUCAGUUUUCUCGAUGAGUAUCAAGAGGGCCCACUGCCGCCUGGAGCAAGACCUAGCAUUGCAGAAAGUCUAGACGGCUCGGAAAACGUUCAGACGCUCGACUAUCUCGGUCUAGCUGAUGCGCGAAACAGCAUCUCCAGUGUUGCUGAUCACUCUGCAGAUGAACGACGCCCUUCGAGCCAUUUCGUCAACGCAAGAAAUCGGGCCAGCACGCUUGCGACUGCACCUCGCAGCGCUGGCAACCCUCCCGGUUUUGUCUUGAGGAGCACACCAGAGCACGGCUUCGACGACGUCAGUCCGCUUGCGUACGGCGACGAAGAAGUCUAUGCAGCCUUUGCCCGCGAGCAUGGCAUUGACCCAGCCGCAUUUGCGGCAGCAGCUGCAGCGGCAGGUUUGCCAGCAGGGCUCCCUCCUCAAAAUCAGCAAUCGCACGCCGCUCUAGUCGGAGGCAGGCUACGUGCGGGUACCGUCGCUGCGCUUGGAGGACCAGGCGGCCGCCACAGAGUCGAGCAAGAACUGCUCAGACUGGCAGCAGCGGGCCAAUUUCUGGACACGAAUAACAGCACCGGCCAUGCAGGAGCGCAAGAGCGUCGGGAAGCAUUGUCAGCCCUCGGCAUUGGCAACUACGCACAUGCGCCAAUGGAAGGAUUUCCUCACGUCUCGGUCUCCACGCCGCCGGCCGACACGCCGAGCUUUUUGACCCGCCCCUCACAGACGCUCGCGCGGAAGGAAUCAGGGCUUCAAACGCCAGUGACACCGGGUGCCGAGCAUAGGUCAAGCCCUCAAAUACCAGGCCGUAGCCUGUGGAUUGGCCAGCUCAGUGCUGGGACCACUGGGCAGGAGUUGAUGCAAAUGUUUGCCCCAUAUGGCGCUAUCGAGAGCCUGCGUCUUCUUCCCGAAAAGGAGUGCGGCUUCGUCAACUUCGUCGAGGCAGCUGAUGCGAUCCGAGCCAAAGACGACAUUAUGCAGCGCCAAGGUGGCAGAGUGGGCAAGGGAACAGGUCCAAACGGAGCAAUUCGCAUCGGAUACGGCAAAAUUGACUCGGUGCCAUCUGCUCCUCCGAUGUCAAGUGGGUAUUCUACACCCGGCCUGCAAGCGCGUGGUCUCAACAGUCCCCGGGUCGAGACACCAGGCCUUGGAGACCCGGCACCAGGUACACCCGGUGAAAUAGGGCCUACGCGAGCGCUUUGGGUCGGCAGCAUUCCAGCGAACACAACCAACAACACGCUCAUGUCGAUCUUUCAGCCUUUUGGUCCAGUUGAGAGCGUUCGAGUGCUGAGUCAUAAGAAUUGUGGCUUCAUCAAUUUCGAGCGAGUGGACGAUGCGGUUCUAGCGCGCAAGAUGCUUAACGGCCGUGAUGUGCUUGGAAGCGAGACCGGUUCUAUGCGGAUAGGUUUCGCCAAAGUGCCAACGCGAGCAGCGGACGAUUUACCGAGCGAUCCUAGCAACGCAGGAUUUGCGGCAGCGGUCAACGCGCUCUCUGGACUUAACGGCGCGGCAUCGGCUCCCAUCAGUGCUGAGCAGCAGCUCGCAUCCGGAGGGAUCGAAAAUUAUCGCAGCAACCUCGUUGCCGACCUGCUUGCCAAGCAGCAUCGACAAAGCCAGGCUGCUCAGCUUGCACACGGGAGCUCACAAGGUGGAAGUGGAGUUGCAAGCGUAUCCUCGCACGGACGCGGCGCUUCACUUGCUGGCAAGUCAGCCUCUAGCAGCAUCGUUCCGAGCAGCGACAAGGGGGGCGUCCCUCUUCCUGCCGACAUGCAGCCCCGCCCAGCUACUUCAGAUCUGCAGCUGCUUAUGCGCGAGCUCAGUGCCGACGACCCGGCCAGUGUAGAGGCAGAUGUGGCAAGUGUGGCCAACGCGCGAUCUCCUGCUUCCUACUAUACCACGAUCCCGCUAGUGUCGGAGCAAUCAGCGUCGAGGCGCUUCGACACGAGUCGUCUCAGGGAGCUCAGAAAGCAUAUCGAGAGCGCGUCGUGCACUGUGGAGCAAGUGGAUGCAGUCGCAGCUGACCACAUGGACGCUAUAGUCGAUCUGGCGCACGACUACAUCGGCAAUACGGUCGUGCAGAAGCUGUUCGAGCGCUGUUCCGAGGGCAUCAAGCACGUCAUGCUCGAAAGGAUUGCGCCGCAUCUCGCCAUGAUCGGCAUCCACAAGAACGGCACUUGGGCAGCGCAAAAGAUCAUUGAGACCUCAGUCAAUCCAGCUCAGGUGUCGAUUAUCGCACAAAAUUUGCGGCCAUACGUUCCUCCCUUGCUCUUGGAUCAAUUUGGAAAUUACGUGGUGCAGUGCUGUCUGCAUUGGAAUGCCGAGCUGUCCGACUUUAUCUUUGAAGCCAUGACGGAUCGCUGCUGGGAGAUCGCGCAAGGUCGUUUCGGGGCUCGCAGCAUGCGCGCAUGCCUCGAAUCUUCCCAUGUGACCAACAAGCAGCGCAAGAAGGUGGCUCUGAGCGUCAUUCUCAACUCGGUUCCCCUUGCGACCAGCCCAAACGGUGCACUCCUGCUCACCUGGCUGUUGGACACCUCGAACCUUCCUGGCCGGUAUCGCCUCCUUGCGCCACGCUUCGCACCCUACUUGGUCAAUCUCUGUACGCACAAGCUGGCAUCGCUCACUGUGCUUCGCAUCGUAUGCCAGAAGAGCGAGCCCGAAGCGAGCGAGGUCAUUCUCGACGCUUUGUUUACGUCGCACGAUGAGGACGUUCUGCAAGAGGUGAUCACCGAUCAAGUCCACGGAUCUCAAUUCAUUACCAAGGUCUUGGCCUGGAUAGGCUCGGACGGCGAUGAGUAUCCGAAGUACUCGGAGCAGGUCAGGCGCAUCGUGGUGGAGCACUCUCUUGUUGGUGUUCCUGCUUACCGGAAGCUAGUGGAAGACCUGGGUCUAACGCCUGGCCCAGCUCCUGGGCAAAUUGGCGGUCCAGGGGUCGUGCCUCGCAAUGACUUAAGUCUUCCUCCUCACCUUGGGCCAUUCAUGUCACCAAGCUCUUCCAACGGUUUGGUGCCAACUCACGUGAAGCCACCAAUUCCACCGUAUCCUGCCAACUCGGCACCUGCGCAAGACCUGGGUGCUGUGCUGGCGCAGAUGCAACUACAACCUGGUCCUCCAGGUGGCAUGCCCUCUGGACCGCUUGGCGCGCCGAUUAGAAUGGACGGUACGGGCCCACCACCACUUGCAAUGAACACCAGACCGAAUUUCGACUCUGGUAACUCAUACCCUGCGCACUUGCGCUCACCUCAGUCUGAUGCCUUCAAUCCUUGGUCUAGCGCUUCACAGGAUUGGGAUCGCAACGACCGGCUCCCACCUCAGCAACAUUGGAUGCGAUCCGACAGGCAGCCGCCCUUGACGCCCCCACGGAUGUCGCAGAAUCCUUAUACGACGUCGCGUCGAUGA